CUCUAAUCUCCUUUUAUUUCAAAAGCGGAUUUUCGAAAACAUAAACCCUAGCCACUAUGGAGUGGAACGCUCAGACUCUCCAAUUUCUCUCAGAAUGCUUCCUCCACUCUCUCUCUGCGGCGCCGGAACCUCGCCGCCGCGCCGAAUCAUCCCUCGCCGAGGCCGCCGAUCGACCAAACUUUGCCGUCGUUGUUCUCCGCCUUGUCGCCGAGCCAUCCAUCGACGAGCAGAUCCGCCUAGCCGCCUCCGUGAACUUCAAGAACCACCUCCGGCUCCGGUGGUCCUCCGUCGAGUCUCCCAUCCUUGAACCCGAGAAGGAGCAGAUAAAAUCCCUAAUCGUCCCCCUCAUGCUCUCCGCCCCUCCCAAGAUCCAAUCGCAGCUCAGCGAAGCCCUAGCCGUUAUCGGAAACCACGAUUUCCCCAAAUAUUGGCCGGCUUUGCUCCCCGAACUCGUCUCCAGUCUUCAGAAAGCGUCUCAGGUCUCCGAUUACGCCUCCAUUAACGGUAUUCUCGGCACUGCUAACUCUAUUUUCAAGAAAUUUUGUUUCCAGUACGCCACCAAAGAUCUCUUGCUUGAUUUGAAGUACUGUCUCGACAAUUUCGCUGCUCCUUUGCUCGAAAUUUUCCUCAAAACCGCGUCAUUGAUCGACGCGUCGGCCAUGAACCUGCGACCCCUAUUCGAGUCGCAGAAGCUGUGCUGUAGGAUAUUUUACUCGUUGAAUUUUCAAGAGCUCCCCGAGUUCUUCGAGGAUCAUAUGAAAGAGUGGAUGGGAGAGUUUCGGAAAUACCUUACCACCAGUUAUCCUGCUCUUGAGAGCAGUGGUCCUGAUGGUGUUGCGCUUGUGGAUGAGCUUAGGGCUGCGGUUUGUGAGAAUAUUAAUCUCUACAUUGAAAAGAAUGAGGAGGAGUUUCAGGGGUAUUUGAAUGAUUUUGCACUUGCUGUAUGGACUUUGCUGGGGAAUGUGUCCCAGUCGUCCAUCCGUGAUCAGCUUGCUAUCACGGCGAUUAAGUUUCUAACCACGGUUAGCACCAGUGUUCACCAUACUCUGUUUGCUGGCGAAGGGGUUAUACCGCAGAUUUGUCAGUGCAUUGUGAUCCCGAAUGUGAGGUUGAGGGAAGAAGACGAGGAACUGUUUGAAAUGAAUUAUAUUGAGUUUAUUAGGAGGGAUAUGGAAGGUAGUGAUCUUGAUACUAGGAGGAGGAUAGCUUGUGAGCUACUUAAGGGUAUUGCAACACAUUAUGGAGAUGCUGUCAGAAGCAUUGUUUCUGCGCAAGUGCAAAGUUUAUUAAGUUCAUUUGCUGCAAAUCCAGGGGAAAAUUGGAAGGACAAGGAUUGUGCUAUAUACUUGGUAGUCUCUCUUGCAACCAAGAAGGCUGGAGCCAGUUAUGUCUCCACGGAACUUGUUGAUGUUCAAAACUUUUUUGAAUCUGUGAUUGUCCCUGAGCUGCAAAGUUCAGAUGUGAAUGGGUAUCCUAUGCUUAAGGCAGGUGCGCUCAAAUUUUUUACCAUGUUCCGGACACAAAUAUCGAAGCAUGUCGUACUUAAGUUUUUCCCAGAUUUGGUUCGUUUCCUUGCUGCCGAAUCGAAUGUUGUUCAUUCUUAUGCUGCAAGUUGUAUUGAAAAACUCUUGUUGGUAAAGGAUGAGGGGGUUAGAGCUCGUUAUACUUCGGCAGAUAUCAAUCCAAUUUUUGCAAUGCUGAUGAACAGUCUUUUCAAUGCCUUGAAGCUCCCAGAGUCUGAAGAGAAUCAAUAUGUAAUGAAAUGUAUUAUGAGGGUUCUCGGGGUUGCAGAUAUAUCUGUUGAUGUUGCGCGAGUUUGCAUUGAGGGGUUGGGCUCCAUUCUUGCGGAAGUUUGCAAAAACCCAAAAAAUCCCAUCUUCAAUCACUAUAUCUUUGAGUCAGUAGCCAUUCUUGUGAGGCGGGCUUGUGAGAGGGACUUAUCUCUUGUGUCCGUCUUUGAAGCAAGCCUUUUUCCUAGGCUUGAAAUAAUAUUGACAAAUGAUGUGACUGAGUUUUUCCCAUACACAUUUCAGUUGCUUGCUCAGCUUGUUGAGUUGAAUAGACCACCCAUCCCACCAAUCUACAUGCAGAUAUUUGAGAUUCUUUUGUCGCCUGAUUCGUGGAAAAGAGCCCCAAAUGUUCCUGCCCUUGUGCGUCUACUCCAGGCCUUCCUUCAAAAGGCACCGAAUGAGAUCAGCCAAGGGGAUAGACUGACCAAAGUGCUUGGCAUAUUUGACACACUAAUACAAUCUUCAGGCUCAUCGGAACAAGGAUUUUAUGUGCUUAACACUGUCAUUGAAAGUCUUGAGUAUGAUGCUAUCAAACCUUAUAUUUCUCACAUUUGGGCUGCUAUUUUUAGAGAGCUACAGAGAAGGCGGACAGUAAAGCUCAUCAAGUCUCUUUUGAUAUUUAUGUCACUCUUUCUGAUUAAACACGGUUCUUCAAAUGUUGUUGAUACUAUGAACAGUGUUCAGCCUGGUAUAUUUGUUUUGAUUUUGAAUCAGUUCUGGAUUCCUAAUCUUAAGCUGAUUACUGGAGCUAUAGAGCUCAAAUUGACUGCAGUUGCUUCAACCAGACUUAUCGGUGAGUCUCCAGUCCUUUUAGAUCCGGCUGCUUCUGUGUCCUGGGGUAAGAUGGUGGACAGCAUCGUCACACUUGUUUCCCGGCCAGAAGAGGAUAGGGCUGAGGAGGAACCUGACAUGCCAGAUAUUACAGAAAAUGUGGGUUAUACUGCCACCUUUGUCCGUCUUUACAAUGCUGGAAAGAAAGAAGAAGAUCCACUUAAAGAUAUACGAGAUCCCAAGGAAUUUUUUGUUGCUUCAUUGUCCCGACUUGCUGCACUUUCCCCUGGGAGGUAUCCUAAGGUCAUCUGUGAAAAUGUUGAUCCUGUGAAUCAAGCAGCAUUGCUUCAGCUUUGCAACAUUUAUAAACUCUCAAUAGUUUGAGUGAGAGAUCUUGUGCUGGGUAUUACUCUCUGGGUCCUCAGCCUUCUGCAACAUAUAUGAGCUGGCUGGGGACAAUCUUGCAUUCUUGCAAUGCUGGUUCAACAAGUUCCCUCAAUACAGACACA